AUGUUGCUGAAUGCGUUGAUAUCCACCGGUAUAAUAUUGAAUCUCAUCUCUGAAAUCGAUUGUGGAUGCUAUCAGAAGAGGUUAUGUUGCCCAGGAAGGAAUCUCACUUGUGUGGGUUUCGAAGAUGGCAUUGAGCACUUGCCCAUCUACCGUACACAUCUCCAGAAUCCAGCCCAAUCCCCCACCUCAACUUCAAGCACCUCAACAUCCACAUCAACGUCUACAACGGACCCACCCACCGUUCACUUCGUUUAUGAUAGUCUAAAUGUUGAAACUAGAUAUCCAGAUACUCUUAUCGAACAACCCGAAGGAAGUGGCAAUGAUUACUAUGCGAAAUACGGUGAACAAAUCCCUAUUGAUGAAAUGCCGUUCGAACCAACCGAAUUCACAAUCCCUUUCCAACGCUACGGCACCACACUGGCGCCGUCAUUCAAGAAGAUCGUCUUCGGAGAGCCGUUCUUUGCCAGUGAGCAUCCACCUGAAAUAAUGCGGUACCGUGGUCGUCAUUUACUCUUACGGUUUGCUGUUUGCUGUGCUAAUAACCAUCUUCAAAUGAUCGAAACGCUCGUUUUUGAUGCACAUUCUCUUGAUACCUCCAUAUGGAACUGA